UGCCCAGAUGAAUUGAAUUAAUCAGCGGUUUGAGUCUGAGAAUCGUUUCGUGGAUUUCCUGCCACACGCUCUCUCCCUUCUUGGCAACCAUCCUUUAUUCCCCCAACAAAGUGUGAGAAUUCCACACGGCCGGUCGCAUUAGCAAAAGAGAACGGUCCUUGCGAAGAGCAAUUGGAAACAUCGCAGCGUUGUAAAAGCAGGGGAGAGGGGGUAAAAAAUGAACGGACAGAAGGGAAUGAAAAGGAGAAUUCAGCCUCACACCCGCGGUAGCUUUGUCAGAUGGGGACCACAAAGGGUGGUAUUGUAUGUGUGAGAGCGGAGGAGAAACCCAGCGUCUGCUGGAGUGGUUGAAUCCCACUUGAUGUCAUGCAGCAAAGCUGGUUCGCAGCUGCCCACAGCACAGCUUCUCUGGAUUACCAAACAGGGCGAAGGCAUUCAAUAGCCGAGCGUGACAGCAGCUGACUUUCAGGUCAACAAAAUAUCCAGAAUGCUCUAAUCCAUAUGCGUAUUUAACCUUUUCAAAGAGAGGCAUUGCUAUGUGGAAACCUGUCAGCAAUGACUGAUGUUGAAACCUCGUAUGCAGACUUCAUUGCUUCAGGACGGACGGGCCGGAGAAAUGCACUGCACGACAUCCUGGGUUCUCCAUCAGGUGUAAACACGAGUGAUUUAAGCCUUAAGUUAGCAGAGCUGAGUAUUGACAAAAAAGAAGGGGAUGCUGAGAAGGAAACACAGACAACAACAAACCAACCUUCUGGAUCUCAGGAGACACAAGAAAAGGUCAAAAGCUAAUCUGUCAAACGCUUCUGGAACUUGUUGAUUCUGCUCAGCACUUGAGUUUCCUAACGUCAUCAGAGAUCACAAGGAGAGAGCUUAAGAAUUUGGAAAAUGAGUACCUUCAAAGAUGGGCAUUCAGUUUAUAGACAAUGUAGUGUGUGGACUGAAUAUAACACAAGAUACAAACUGGAUUCUACCUUUCUCUUCCUCAAUGGUUGAAGAGUUGUGGAACUGAACUAUUUAAGCAAAAUAAUGUGAUUUAUAGGUCAAUUACAUCUGCAACUAGAUUUGGAAGGAUGAUCUAACCAAUUGAGAAUCUUUCUGGUUAUUACAGUAUGUCAAUUGGUCAAGACAGAGUAACCUAUCAGAUUUAAGGAAAAAAAGAUUUGGUGAUUCAUAAAGGGAAUACCAAGUGGACAAUAAGCUCUAUAGUGGGAAUUAUGAUACGGUUUUCAUUUGAUAUUUGGAGGUGACCAGAAGUAAUGCUCUACUGAUGCCCGAGUGCUCUCACUCCUGUUUAACGGAAUGCAUGUCAACUAGAAAGUGUGUUUGGUCAAAUGUAGUGAAAAGGAUAGAACUUCUGUAAUAUAACUGACCUACAUGGUACUUGCAGUAAUUAUUUGUAAAGAUUUGCUUUAAAGUCAUUGAUGUUGUACAGUUUCCAUUAGCUUACUAAAAUCUCAAAGUACACCUUGCUGGGAGUGUCUGGUUCUUGGGAUCUUGUAGUUCACUAUAUAGCAACUGUCAUGUUUAUAAGCCAAACAUUCCCAGAGACACACAUAACUAAUUGUUUAAUUUGUAAAAUAUUCCAUCAUCUCAAUUAACACCAGAGUUUAUGGAGAGCAAAACUGUAUUGGAAGAAUUCCUUUUGUCCAUGAUGAUUUUUGUCAGCGUUAAUUCAAAUAUUAAAAAGUAACGAUAUUAUAAACUAAACAUUGCAUGUGUAUUUAUAGAUGUUUUCACAGGAUUAACUCCUUAAGUUGGCAGAACUCUGUAUAUGCUUUCAAUGGAAUGUCUCCCAGUAACACCCUACAAUGUACUGUGCUAUUUUAAUCUUGCUUCCAACAAUACAAGUUGUCAUCCUUUUUACACCUUUGUUGAUUAAUGUACUAGCCUGUUGAACAAAAUAUUUGAACUAAACUCUAUUAUUUCUACUGGUAAUUCUGCUGCAAAAUUGGGAACUUUUCCGUGUAAAGUAAAUAUGUUGCUCUCCAGCAAACUUAAAAGGAAAACGUACAUCACAUUUCUAGACUUUUAAAGAUCUUUCUUUUCCAAGAAGCAAGUAAUUAUUAUGUACUUUUAGAGCUUUGUAAACCUUUGAUACACUUUCUGUAUUUCUUUUUUAUCUGUCGACCAUUUGAGAUUAUGAAAUAUAGUUUUACUGAAGAUUGUGAAAAGCUAACCAUGUACUGUUUGCAAAUUAAGUGUCCGUUAACCUUGAACAAACAUCAUUUUGUGAAACAUAUGGCUAUAAUGCAUAGUUUUAAUUCUUCUAUUAACAUUUUGAUUGCUGAUUAUUUUUUAAAGCCUAGUAGUUGUAUAAGCUAAUUUUGCACUGCUAUCCUAAUAAUUAUCGUAUGACUGUUAGGAGGAAGCUUCAGACGAUUAAUGAAAAUAAGCAAUUUAAAUGCGAGCUAGUUUAAGUCCCAAGGUCUUGAAGUACAUUGUUUGUCAGUAUAAAACUUGUAUUUUUAUGAUUUCCCACAAUGACUAACAUGUUGGUAUUCUAGUUUAGUUUUUAUCAGUGAAACCUCCAAUGUUCGACUCACUUUUGUAUAUAUUUUUAGUGCCCCUUUGUAUUUUAAAAUGUUCUUUUAAACAAUUCAAAUAAAAUCCACGUGUAAUUGUGAUCCAGAGAACAUAUCAAAUAUUUUUUGAAGUCUUUUAGUGGAUGUACAUUUCCAUUCAGUCUUUUUAACAGGAUCAGAAUUAGCCAGACAAGGUGGUGUAAAGUGGACAAAUUGCAGACCAACCCGUUGCUACACAUUUCUCCUGAUUUUCAUUUACACUAAAGUCAAUGGAAGUGAAAAUUGAAAGAUAUGUGUAAGGGGCAGCUGAUAUCACGUUGCCAAUGUUAAAAUGAUCAUUGGUGUCCUGCAUUAUUCAAUGAAUUUGAACCAUGUGAAAUGAGAAAAAGUGGUUGGAAAAAGCAGUUACCAGCUGCUGGUGAUUGUAUGUUUAGUAUUCUGUAUGUAUUUUCAUGAAAUAAAUUUGCACUUGUGCUUAUAAAUGUGAA